AUGAUGUUAAGAUAUGCUGUAUUGCAGUGCAUCAAAUCAAUUACAAGGCGUUGCAACUUCUUCGCCAACCAGGUGCUGAAGGUCCUAAAAUCCAUAAAUGAACGGAAAUUACUACGCUUUGAAAUGGUUUUUGGACGUCAUGGUUGUGAAAUGGUAGGUGAGUCGGGUUAUCAACUUAGGAAUUUACCAAACAACCGCUCUAAGCGUAACGUAGAGAUUGAGUUUAACUCCAAUACUUGUGUGCAUCAAGCUAAGCGUCCACGGCGAUCUGACUCGACCUCAUCACAUAAAGAGAAUAAUGGCCUCUGUACGGCACCGAAAAACAGUUCCCCAUCUAGAUCUAGAGUACUUCCAUUAAGGAGCAUUCAUCCAAUGAACACGAGCAACGAAUCCACAAAUGUUUCAUCACUUGUUCGAAGACUUAAAGUACCAGGAGAUCCAAGUGAAACUACUACCCGACUGACACGUUCGUGUAGUGUCAAAACAAGUCCAAUUGCCAUCCAAAAACGUACUUUGCGAAGCAGUCGCCGAAGUAGCAUUCAAACUAUUCCGAAUGCCAUAUUACAGGUUAGGCUGGAACGUUUCUCUGUUCAGUCUUGUUCUGGUAUACAGUCUGACUCAGUUGUCGGUUCGUGUAGUAGCAGUUUGGCUAAUGGAUCACAGACAGAAACAAAAGCUUCAAAAGAGUUGCUACCCUUGUUCUCUCCAAGAAGGUUUAGUUCAGUUGGAAAAGAUCAGGCAGCUAAGCUAAAGCGACUAAACAGAAGACGCAUGGAGUUCGACGUUCAAGAAUUAAGCCAGUCUUUUGGCUGCGAUCUUUCUCCUGCAUCUUCCGAUUCACUACUUAAUCAAUCUGUAGUGGGUGAUCCCCUGGAAAAAUUAUUGCGGUUAUGCGGCCAGACUGAAAUCAAGUCGUUCGAUGAAUAUUUUGACCACACAAUAAUUGAAAGCAUGGUAAAAAUUGGCGAGGGUGUAUAUGGUGAAGUAUUUCAGUCACCGAAAGGCAAUGUGGUCAAAAUCUUCCCUGUGGAUGGAGAAGAUCUUGUCAAUGGUGAGAAGCAAAUGAAAUUUGGAGAAGUUUAUCCUGAAGUGUUCGUAUCGCAGAAGUUAAGUGAGCUUGCAUACAAGUAUCGACGUAACCGGUCAGUCAAUUUUGCUCAGUUAAAGAGAGCAACUGUUGUUAGAGGAAAACUACCUAAGGCUUUAGCUUCAAGUUGGAGAAAGUAUGAAAACCAACGGGGUUCAGACAACGAAUGUCUGGACUUCUUACCUGCUGAACAACAAUGGAUGGUUUUAGAGUCUGAAUUUGCUGGAGAACCACUUUCCAAUGUACGAUUCAACACUUGUCGUGAAGCUCGUUCUGUCAUUGAACAGAUAGCAUUGUCCUUGGCUGCCGCUGAAUCUGCUCUUCAAUUUGAACAUAGAGACUUACAUUGGCAUAAUGUAUUGGUCCGACCUACUAGACAAUGGAAACUGCGCUAUCGUGUUGGGGGAGUGAGUUAUGCCGUUUUCACUGAAGGAAUACAAGUUACAAUAAUUGAUUUUACAGUAUCCCGUCUUUGUCAUGAAGGCAACAUUGUUUACGUUGAUAUGUCAGAGUCACCAGAAAUUUUUGAGUGUGAAGGGGAUUAUCAAUUUGACAUUUACCGUAUAAUGCGCGAAAACAAUGGGAAUGAUUGGCGCCCCUUUCAUCCAAGUUCCAAUCUUUAUUGGCUUCAUUAUCUUAUGGGAAAACUUCUGAACGAAACAUCUUAUCCCAGACGUGAUCCUGAUUCCCAACCUGUGGAAUCUGAACUGCGCGCAUUAUAUGACAUGAUACUAGCAGGUGAUUAUAAUUCUGCCACACAACUUGUGAGCUCAAGUUUCUACUUCGAUGCUUGUCGAAUCGGUUAA